AGAGGCCCCGCCCCGUGGCGGCCCCGCGGCCCGGCCUGUUAUUCCGCUUGCCGCUCCGCUGGGACCCGCACCGCGCCAGUGGCUCGGGGGUCGGCCCCCGCCUCCUCCCCGGCCCGGGCCUAGAGACACCCCCAACCAGAGGCCGGAGACAGCUGGAGCGGCUGCCGCAUCCCGGCCCAGCCUCCCCUACCAUCCCUCCCCCCUCCACUGGACAUCUGGACCCUGGGCCCGCGCACCGACAGGGUUCCGGAAACCCUCCCCGCCCAGUCCGGCGGCCGGGGCCCGCGCCUCCCUCUCUCCAGAGCCCCCCAGCACGCCUCAAGACUAGACUUCCUCCUACCCCUGGACACCUCCUCCCGGUCCCCUCCCUCCCCCAGUCCCACAGCCUGGACCAGGGUAGGAGGGAGGGGGGGUGUGCGCCCGGCGCCGUCCCCGCCCCGCCCCCCUUGAUUCCCCCUGCAUGGCCGGCCCGGGUGGGGGGCGAGGGGGGGCCGGGGCGCCAUGCGGGGGGAGCCCAAAGGGGGUCGCUGUGCCUGUCCCCGUGUGAUCCGAAAAGUGCUGGCAAAAUGCGGCUGCUGCUUCGCCCGGGGGGGACGUGAAUCCUAUUCCAUUGCUGGCAGUGAGGGGAGUAUAUCGGCUUCUGCUGCCUCCGGACUGGCUGCCCCCUCUGGCCCCAGCUCUGGCCUCAGCUCUGGCCCCUGUUCCCCAGGCCCCCCAGGGCCAGUCAGUGGCCUGAGGAAAUGGUUGGAUCAUUCCAAACAUUGUCUCAGUAUGGAAACUGAGGCAGACAGUGGUCAGCCGAGACCAUAUGAGAACUGGAUGUUGGAGCCAGCUCUAGCCACAGGAGAGGAGCUGCCAGAACUGACCUUGCUGACCACAUUGUUGGAGGGCCCUGGAGAUAAGGCGCAGCCACCUGAAGAGGAGACUUUGUCCCAAGCCCCUGAGAGUGAGGAGGAACAGAAGAAGAAGGCUCUGGAAAGGAGUAUGUAUGUCCUGAGUGAACUGGUAGAAACAGAGAAAAUGUACGUGGACGACUUGGGGCAGAUUGUGGAGGGUUACAUGGCCACCAUGGCUGCUCAGGGGGUCCCCGAGAGUCUUCGAGGCCGUGACAGGAUUGUGUUUGGGAACAUCCAGCAAAUCUAUGAGUGGCACCGAGACUAUUUCUUGCAGGAGCUACAGCGGUGUUUGAAAGAUCCUGAUUGGCUGGCUCAGCUAUUCAUCAAACACGAGCGCCGGCUGCAUAUGUAUGUGGUGUACUGUCAGAAUAAGCCCAAGUCAGAGCAUGUGGUGUCCGAGUUUGGGGACAGCUACUUUGAGGAGCUCCGGCAGCAGCUGGGGCACCGCCUGCAGCUGAACGACCUUCUUAUCAAACCUGUGCAGCGGAUCAUGAAAUAUCAGCUGCUGCUUAAGGAUUUUCUCAAGUAUUACAGUAGAGCUGGGAUGGAUACUGCAGAGCUAGAGCAAGCUGUGGAGGUCAUGUGCGUUGUGCCCAAGCGCUGCAACGAUAUGAUGACACUGGGGAGAUUGCGGGGAUUUGAGGGCAAACUGACUGCUCAGGGGAAGCUCUUGGGCCAGGACACUUUCUGGGUCACUGAGCCUGAGGCUGGGGGGCUGCUGUCUUCCCGGGGUCGAGAGAGGCGUGUCUUCCUCUUUGAGCAAAUCGUCAUCUUCAGUGAAGCCCUGGGAGGAGGAGUGAGAGGUGGAACACAGCCUGGAUAUGUGUACAAGAGCAGCAUUAAGGUGAGCUGCCUGGGACUGGAGAGGAACCUCCAAGGUGACCCUUGCCGCUUUGCACUGACCUCCAGAGGGCCAGAGGGUGGGAUCCAGCGCUAUGUCCUGCAGGCUGCAGACCCUGCUGUCAGUCAGGCCUGGAUCAAGCACGUGGCUCAGAUCCUGGAGAGCCAGCGGGACUUCCUCAACGCACUGCAGUCACCCAUUGAGUACCAGAGACGGGAGAGCCAGACCAACAGCCUGGGGCGGCCAGGAGGGCUUGGGGUAGGGAGCCCUGGGAGAAUUCGGCUUGGAGAUCGGGCCCAGGGCAGUGCACACACACCCAUCAAUGGCUCUCUCCCCUCCCUGCUGCUGUCACCCAAAGGGGAGGUGGCCAAAGCCCCCUUGCCCCUGGAUACACAGGCCCUCGGUGACAUCCCGCAGGCUCCCCAUGACUCUCCUCCAGUCCCUCCAACUCCAAACACCCCUCCCUGCCAAGCCAGACUUGCCAAGCUGGAUGAAGAUGAACUGUAACUGGUGAAAACCAUGGGGGUGGUGCUGACUCAGCUGCCUAUUCCCAAGGAGCCUCAGGGCAGUCCUUCUGGCACUGCUCCGGAAUUCUUCCUUCUUGGUGUGUCUGGAGGGUGGGCAAGGCUGGGAGAGCUAUCAACUUGGAGGAGAGCACCUAGACCCAAGGACUUUUUUCCACCCAAGGAACGCAGGUUCCUUCCACUCCCACCUCUCUGCAUGCAUCAUGGUCCCCCCAAAAGGAGGAUAUGUGGGUGGGUGGGAGGGCUGGGGCAGGGGCAAGAUAGAAAUUAUUGGUUUUGCUUUUUAAUUUUGUUUUUCCUGUUUUCUGAGAAUAAAGGUUUUGUUAUA